UCCUUCUUAAACUUCAGCGAUUCAAGCUGGGGCUAGAAAGCCAGGCAGCCAGCACCUCUUGGGAUCUCCUCCUGUCCUUUCAGCACCGAGGAGCCCAGCAGAGACCAGCCCAGCCACUCCAGCCACAUUACCCACAUACCCUGCCAGCAUGACUGACCAGCUGACCGAGGAGCAAGUGGCCACAUUCAAAGAGGCUUUCUCCCUCUUUGACAAGGAUGGAGAUGGCAGCAUCACCACCCAGGAGCUGGGCACUGUCAUGCGCUCCCUGGGCCAGAACCCCACCGAGGCAGAGCUCCAGGACAGGGAUGGCAAUGGCACAGUGGCCAGGAAGAUGAAGGACACGGACAACGAGGAGGAGAUCCGGGAUGCCUUCCGCAUGUUUGACAAAGAUGGCAAUGGCUAUGUCAGUGCCGCUGAACUGAGACAUGUGAUGACCAGGCUCGGGGAAAAGCUGAGUGAUGAGGAAGUGGACGAGAUGAUCCGGUCAGCAGACAUGGAUGGAGAUGGACAGGUGAACUAUGAGGAGUUUGUUCGCAUGCUGGUGUCCAAAUAAGGCCCCGUUGCUCAGGGGCCACCUCUCCCUGCAGCAAGAACCUCGGACUCCUGCUUGUUCUUCCUCUCCUCCAGCUUCCUGUUUGCUUCUCAGGCAAAGUCGAUUCAGUUCACCAUUCUGCAUCCUCUCCUUUCUGCUGAACUUCUACCUGCUCCUCCAGAAUGAUACAGAACAUCUUCAAGCCCAACACACCAGGAAAUCCUCCCAUCACUCGGGAGUAGAAGCAGUACAGGCUUUACUCCGCUGGAGGAUGGCCCAAAGGAUGGUGAAGGUUGUGCUGAGUCUUCCAUCUGCCAGGAUGGGCACAGGUGACGUCUUAGAGUUCCCUGGGCUGGAUUCCUGCAGGCACUCAACACCAGGACCACUGUAUCCCUGGGGUCAUUCCAGAGUUCCUGCAGCCCCGAGGACUGAAGGCUUUACCUGCUGUCAGAUUUGGAAGGGUGGGAGACAUCUUGGGCAUGGAGGGAGAGAUGUGAUGGAGACUUUGACAAUUUCAGUAAGGCCUCCUGGAAAACACCACUUUCCUUCCACAUGGCACUCGCUGGCUCCACUCUGUCUUCACUGAACCACUGUGACUCAUCUUCUGAGGCAGGGAGUAAAACCAGGGUCAGUUGUAACAUGUUCACAUUCAUCUGGAAAGAGGGAAUGAAAGGGAGAGGGAAGCUGCAGUGGAAUAAACAAGACACUUAUGUUCUAUUUUGCUUCCUUUUUUUUUUUCUGGUUCCAACUGAAAUGAUCUGUGUUAAUUCUGGGGUUAAACUGGGCAGGAAUCUCCAUUGUUAUUUUUUUGAAAAUGCAAUGAAUUCCUGUACUGAUGGGUAUAACAAAAAGAAAGAA